AUGGUUAAAGCACCUACUUCACAAUCUUUCUACACUGCUGCCAACAGGACGUCCCAAUACACAACCUAUCAGCCUCCAGCGACGAGGGAGCAGCAGCAACGAGAGCUGGAGGCAUCGAAUCUCCAGCAUGAUGUGUCGCUGGGCGACAUGCACUUAUCGGAACCAGACUCAGUCUCUUCAGAUGCCUCAACCGUAGUCGGAGCGCCCGAGACGCCAUGUUCAGAGUCUUGGUUCCCUGGCAUCCAACAUCGCCGAUGCAUUAGCUUGUCGCCACUGUAUCCGUCUGAUAUGGAUCACUGCCAACCCUCUCGAGGGCUCAGUGGACCUAGAUCUGCAACCACUACCGGUUCCUUGGAGUACAGCGAUCAAAGGCAAUCUCUAGCAAUGUGCACCCACAACUCCUCUGUUCGCGAGCCGCACAUUUCUGUGAUGAUGGAAGAAAUUUUGCUGGAGAACGUUACGGAGGCACCUUCCUCCAACAUGGCUCACUGUCAUAGUGAACUUGACAAUUAUUGCGGAGCAGGAGAAGGCGCUAGUACGCCGCGAGGUGCCAUUGGGGGCUCAUCCACUGCCAGUAGCGUCGACUUGUCGGCUCAAAACACCAAGCCGCUGAACUCCAGCUCCUCGACUCUCUUUGGGACCAACAGUAACACUACUUUGCAUAAUCCAGCAGAAGAACUACGGCAGGAGGAGGCACCAGAGCAGCAUCAGUCUAUUUCAAUGAACUCGGAUGGAAAGAUGUAUUCCAUAAGACCAAAAUCAAGACAAUUUGGUAAAAAGAAGGCGAAGGGACAGGGCAAAGGCAAUCGUGGAAAUAAUGACCGUAUGGCACUGUUCUCAAACGAGCGCACGUUCAUCAACUGGAUCAAAUUGGGAAUCCUUCUGGGUUCCAUGGCGCUUACCCUGUGCAAUUUUGGACCCGUGAGGUCGCUCGGGUUCUAUAUCGGGGUAUCCAUCUUGGUUGUUGCGAUGAGCUCCUUGGCCUAUGCAGCUGCAAUCUUUCAUCGACGAGAUCGAUCGUUGAGUCGUCGACUCGCAGUGAAACUUGCGAAGAAGCAAGCUAAGCAUAAUCGUACAUGCGGUGCGGUUGCGGCAGAGGCGGAAGGAAAUGCUGUUGUGGAACCACGAAAGGCUAGAGACAGUGUCGACUCGGCAAUGAUGUCCCCGCGUGAGGUCCGCUACUACGAUCGCGCAGGGCCUACGGCACUGUGCAGCGUGUUGUUGCUCGCAUACAGUGUUAACUUUUACUUGAGCAUCACGCGCGGCGCAUCCAUGAACAAGGAUGGAGGGCUCGGUUUUUUUCACGACGAAUGGAGUCACAUCGACCACAAGGACAGCCAUUAG